CCAUAGAGUGAAGGCUUACUAUUCACACUCAAAUAUAUAUAAAUGAACAAAACUCAGAAUAAAUAUAAUGACAUCAAAGCCUUCAGUUUACUUCGAAUCUGCCUUGCGCAACUUUGGUAUAAAAAUACUACGCGCUGGCGAUGUGCUGUCUGCACAUGCAGGGGUUAACUACGGGUAGAACGACAACACCUGAUUUGCCUGCAUCUUCAAACACCAACACCAACACCAACACCAACACUGAUAUUUUGGUCCGAAGCCGUUCUAAGAGGAAAGAUUAACGCCUAUCCAAAAAAUGGGUACGGGGCAGCGAGAGCCCCGUUUUAGUGGAGUCGCCAGCCCGCGGUAACCUAUAAGCUCUUGCUACGAAUGUUUCCGUAGCCUGUCAGUUGAAGCAUAGCCCUUUUUUAGACCUGUAUCUAAACAUGGGCAGCGGCGCCUAUAUAGUACUGAGUAUGGGAGUGUCGAGAACAGACCAGUGUUGAUGAUUUCCGAUUUUACAUAUCUUUGGCAUGGUGGUCGCUCCUGGUAUUCCCAACUAUUUCUUUUUUAGUUCGUUUUUUCCUCGUUCUUGACAUGAUGCGCCGCCUAGUGGUCUUCUGGGUUGGGGUUCUUCUAUUCGACAUUCGAUAUGCUGGAGUGCAGGCACAGAAGGCGGUUUGGAAGACCCCGGUGAAGGGCGAAAAUCUGGAAGCCAACACGAUAGACUCGGUGUUGUUGGAUUGGACCUCGACCCUUCCCACCACAAUCCUGCGGAUGUGGUGCCAGAAUAAAACAGAUGUAAAUAAUCUGGUUUUAGCUAGCUCCUUCUUUGUCGAUUCCAAUGGACCCUUCGAAUAUGUUAUGGAGGAAUAUCUGCAAGACAAAACGGAGUUUCCUCUUGCUUGUCAUGCUGAGCUGGCAGAAAAUCCAGUGGGUGGCGGCACCGAUUGCCCGGCUGCGAUCGUGUGGUCGUCCAACGCAGGUGAAGCUGCAAAGACGGUUUCGCAGACGAAAGCAGCUUCAACCGUCACCGUAACACCUACACCGAGCUCAACUCCACCAAGUACGACUCCAACCCCAACUCCCAGUUCAACCCCGCCUUCGACUACGGACUCUACUUCUACCGACUCGCUAUCAAAGCCUACCACCUCUGCAUCGAGCACAGGCCCCGAGAGAACCACCAAGUCUUCGACGAAUACCUCAGAGGAACCCGCCACGCUUCCGACUAAGAUCGCAGAAAGUCCCUCUGGUGCCACAAUAGCACCCGUAGCACCCGCAUCUGCAAGCCCUAGCAACAUAGGGGCCAUAAUAGGGGGUGCAAUCGGCGGCGUAGCCCUCAUAGCCUUCAUCAUCCUCGCAGUCCUCUUCCUGCGAAAGUUCCAACGGAACCGCGCAGCCUCUCCCAUUCCCACCGAUUCGACACGGCGAAGUUUCUACCUCUUCAACGCCUACAACAAAAGGGGGCCAAAGGCGCGUACUACGGGCGUCUUUGAGAAGGAUGGUGAGUAUGGGCUGGGGAUACAAGAGAAAGAGGCCAAUGAUGUGUCUCGUGGUGUGAGGGUUUAUGAGUUGCCGGAAAGCGAAAGGGAGAGGCGGUAUAGUCCUGUCGAGCUGCCAGGCGGCUCGGUUUAUUAUCCAUGACAAGGUUGUGAUGGGUAGGAGGUGGAAGAUGGCUACGUUUGGUGGCGAUAUAUACGAUUUAACGAUAUAAUUCAUGUAAGGUAUAAAUUAUGGCAUAAGCACAAGAGAG